AUGACUAGCGCGGCUUGGAGACCCGCUGAAUAUCCAUCCUGCAUUGUGACGCUUGAGAAUUUUACCUACACUCGACAACAGUUCUCUGACGCCAUCAAUGACCGCCAGCCUACAUUCUUACCAAAUACGGUAGCGACAUAUAGUAAUACGGGGAUAUUACUCCUCGCGUACGCCCUCGAAAGCAUAACGGGAAAGCCCUAUGAGGAUAUACUCAAGACAACCUUGGUAGAUGCACUAGGCUUAACAGGGACCUCGUUCUCUGCACCCGAGGGCGAAAGGGGCGUAAUUCCAUUUAACACCACGCUUAGUCAAUGGGCGCGCAACUUGGGAGCUACAGCACCCAUGGGUGGCCUAUACUCUUGCAUGAGCUGAGGAGGGGACAUAUGGCAAACGACUCGACAAGGGAGCGAGAUCCAAACAAGGUGGA